GGUUUACUCUCCUUCCUCGGCGACCCCCUAGGCAAAGGUCUAGAAAAAGGGCUCUCACCAGUAGGAAACCUAGUAGGGGGAACUGGAGACAGAAUGGCAGGGUUCACGAAACAGGAUCAGCCGCAGAAGGGAGAGCCGUAUGAAAAGUUCGGGGGCAAGGAACAGAAUGGGCAGAAUCCUUUGGGGUUGUAA